ACAAGCGCACACAGUCACGUGACUUUCAACAAUAGCCCGAUUUUAUGGGAUCCUCCCACGAGAAGUUUCUGCUGUCCGGCUGCUUGUUAAAACAACCGGAAACAAACCCAUCAUUCCCAGCAGGGCUAUAUUUUUGAUAUCCCAAAUCCAUAAUCAUGCGAACACCUGGGAUUUUUAUUUUCGGGAUGGUGCUCGCGCCUUGCGGGUGGAUUCUGGAGCUGACCAGCACCGUGGCACCAGCCUGGCGCACGAUCAACAACAUCCCCGGAGAAUCCAGCGACCUGGUCCUCCAGCAAGGAUUAUGGGACAUCUGCAGAACUUUCACAUCGUCCCGGAAUAUUCAGUGCAACCAGCAGGACACGCAGUACUUCGGCGCCCAGAUCAUCCAGAUCGCGCGAGGUCUGAUGCUGUCGUCGCUCAUCCUCAAUAUCAUUGCCAUCGGCGUGGCAUCAAUCGGAGUCCGAUGCUGGACUGAGAAACCGCACUGGACGGUCGCCGGGGUCGGAGGUCUCCUCAUCUUCAUCUCAGGGGUCCUCACCCUCAUCCCAGUGGCGUGGUACACUCACAUCAUGACCUCUAUCUUCUCCGCAUCCACCGAUGUCCGUGUGGGAUACUGCCUGGUGCUGGGCUUCAUCGGCGGCAUCAUGGAGGUUCUCGGAGGACUGGUGAUGUCCAUCGGCUUGUGUCGGCGCUGUGGCGCUCGGAAGCGCGAUGAAAGGCCGAGGGCAUUCGCGGUGAAGUCCACGCGCGAUCCAUCUCCACCGCACAGAGCCACGGUGCCCAGCAUCAGCAGCAGCGUCAGCAGCGUCCCUUAUUACUCCAGACAAAGUGAGAUGGACUUCGCACGAGCCAAGAGACAGCAGGACAGCACACCUGCGAAUAGCACUGCUUAUAAAGCACGACCUUACGACACAGAUUUGUGAAAGAACUUUAAAUCUUGUGAACAAACUGCACGCCAGAAUCCUCACGAAAAACACCAUGGCAACCGUCGUUUCCCGCGUUAAAAUCACUGAUCUAUAUGUGACCCUGGACCACAAAACCAGUUAUGAGUGUCCAUUUUUCGAAAUUGAGAUUUAUCAUGAAUAAAUAAGCUUUCCAUUGAUGUAUGGUUUGUUAGGAGUACAAUAUUUGGC